AAUGUCCUAGUCAGAGCUCCCCUACCAUGUGCUUGUAAACCUCUGGAAAAGCCAACGCUAAGUUCAAAUUUUUAUUUGAGCAUACCCCAAAUCCACCCAAGAACAAGAGGGAAAAAGCCCAAAAUAAGAACUGAGUCGGAGGAAAAAAAACACACAAAAUAAGAACUUCCACUCUCUAUUUGUUCUUGGUCAGUAAAAUUAUGGACGUGAGUGCUCAAAUCCUCCUGGUAACCUUUCCAGCUCAAGGGCACAUCAACCCCUCGCUCCAAUUCGCCAAGCGCCUUGUGGAAAUGGGCGUCCACGUCACUCUCUUAAUGGCCAUUUCCGCCGUCAAACGCAUAACCAAAAGCGCCACUGCGCCACAAGGCAUAACCUUUCUCGGCUUCUCCGAUGGCUUUGACGACGGCUUCACAGCCGGCAUGGAUUUCGAAGCCUACAUGACUGACCUGAGGAGACGUGGUUCGGAGGCAGUGGCAACAGCCAUCACUGCUAGUGGUGGCAAUGGAAAACCCAUUGUGCAUGUGGUCUACACCACCCUUCUCCCUUGGGUAAGCCAUGCAGCGCGUGACCUUCACGUGCCAUCCACUCUCCUUUGGAUUCAACCAGCCACCAUCUUGGAUAUUUACUACUAUUCCUUCUAUGGUUAUGGAGAUGUACUCAGUGAGAACAAAAUAUCUGACCCUUCAUGGUCAAUUGAAUUACCGGGAUUGCCACGACUCACUGACCGUGAUCUUCCUUCUUUUCUAAGUGCUGCAAAUGCGUAUAAAAGUCCGCUGCCUUUGUAUAAAGAGCAUAUAGAUGCUUUAGAUGAAGAAAAAAAUCCGAAAAUACUUGUAAACUCUUUCGAUGCAUUGGAAUCGAAGGCUCUACAGGCUAUUAAGAAGUUAAAUUUUGUUGCUAUUGGACCACUAAUUCCGUCAGCUUUCUUGGACGGAAAGGAUCCAUCUGACAUUUCUUUUGGAGGAGACCUCCUUGAAAAAUCAAAGGACUAUAUCGAUUGGUUGGAUUCGAAGCCAAGAGGAUCUGUUAUAUACGUGGCAUUUGGAAGCACCUCUGUUUUAGCGAAGAAACAAUCAGAGGAGGUCGCACGUGGUCUUCUUGAUUGCGGAAGGCCAUUUUUGUGGGUGAUGAGAGAAAAGGGAAAUGGUGAAAAAGAAGAAGAUGAUAAGGCGAGUUACAAAGAGGAAUUGGAGCGACAAGGGAUGAUAGUGUCGUGGUGUUCCCAAGUGGAUGUUUUGUCACACUCAUCCGUGGGUUGUUUUGUGAGUCAUUGCGGGUGGAAUUCUUCGAUGGAGAGCUUAGUUUUUGGGGUUCCGGUGGUGGCUUUUCCACAAUGGGCAGACCAAGCGACAAAUGCCAAGCUUAUUGAAGAUGUCUGGAAGACGGGGGUUCGACUGACCAAAAAUGGAGAAGGAAUUGUUGAUGGUGGUGAGGUUAAGAUGUGCAUUGAAAUGGUGAUGGGAGGUGGGGGCAGAGGGGAGGAAAUGAGAAACAAUGCUAAGAAGUGGAAGGAUUUAGCAAGAGAAGCAACCAUGGAAGGUGGAUCGUCGGACAAGAAUCUCAAGGCUUUUGUUGAUGAGAUUAGAGCUCGUUAGAGCUUGUUUUAGACUAUUCGAACCUCAAUCGUUAACUGUUCCGAUCUGUUAUGAAUAAUUGAUUGUCUUUUGUUACCACUGCCAAUAGUAAAGUGGUAUCUUCAAAACCCAAAAUCAUUGUGGCCACAUAAAUUAUGCGAAAAUGAAAAAUGAAAAAAAAGAGAGGAAGAAGAAGGUAAUAGUGUGAAAUGGUUUACUCUAUUACUUCAUUGGAUUGGGGACGUCAUUGUUCUGUU